GAAGCAAAAAACAACUGACAAGAAACCACGGAGGUCGAAAAAACCCUGCGUCAGCGGCGGACAGCUCUCGCUCAGCUCCUUCUUCAAGGCAGUGAAAGAGGAAUCUUGAUGGAAUUUGGGGCGGGGAUAAAAGUGUCAUUUUUGAUGAGAGCUAACAUCCAGACUCGGACAAACACCAGGUUUCCUUUAAACUGGUGCCAUGUGUGAAGUGAUAAGCAUGGCGUCUUCCGCGUGGCAACGUUUCCUGUCUGUGUACCAAGGGAUUCUAGACAAUGGAGACGAGAGGACGGACCUGUGGCUGCUGGUCUACUCCCCCGUCCCGGUGUCACUCAUCUUCCUGGUUUACCUCAGUGUGGUCUGGGCCGGCCCUCGGCUGAUGAAGCACAGGGAACCUGUUGACCUCAAAGUCCUUCUCAUAGUUUACAAUUUCGCCAUGGUCGGCCUGUCUGCACACAUGUUCUAUGAGUUCCUGGUCACCUCAUGGCUCUCAAACUACAGCUACCUGUGUCAGCCUGUAGAUUACAGCACCAGCCCACUGGCCAUGAGGAUGGCCCGAGUCUGCUGGUGGUUUUUCUUCUCGAAGGUCAUAGAGCUCAGUGACACGCUCUUCUUCAUCCUGAGGAAGAAGAGCAGUCAGGUGACUUUCCUUCAUGUCUACCACCACGGCACCAUGAUCUUCAACUGGUGGGCAGGGGUCAAGUAUGUGGCCGGAGGGCAGUCGUUCUUCAUCGGCCUGGUCAACACCUUUGUUCACAUAGUGAUGUACUCUUACUACGGCCUGGCUGCCUUCGGCCCUCACAUGCAAAAGUACCUUUGGUGGAAACGAUACCUCACGUCUCUUCAGCUGGUGCAGUUUCUGAUGUUCCUCUUGCACACUGGUUACAACCUGUUCACGGAGUGCGACUUCCCCGACGCCAUGAACAUGGUGGUGUUUGGUUACUGCGUCACCCUCAUCAUCCUCUUCAGUAACUUCUAUUAUCAGAGCUACCUCAACAAGAAGAAGCAGAAAUAAGACGCAGUGGCGAGCUGUUGCACGCGAGCAAAACACACCGAGGGAGUGACAAAGUAUUUAGUUCAGUGGUUUUGUCUGCAGUAUUCAUCAGUAUCCACUAGAGGUCACAACAACACCGCUGAGGGGUUCUCUCACCAAUGGUCUGGCGCAACACAACGUGAAUGAUUUCAUUCCUCUCUGCAUUAUUUUCAUUGUUAAAAAAAACAAACAGAGUGACCAAACAAUUUAUUAUACCUUAAAUUGAGAAAUGACAAAACAUUCAAAUGAUUGUUGUAAACAAACUGUACAUUUUAUACAUAUUUAAUAAAGUAGGUUGGUUUCUCUGCAAUAUUGCUGAAUGAGCCCAAACCCCCAGGAAACAAAUUCAAAAGCACAAGACACUGAACAAAAAAAUACAGAAAUGCAAACACGGCAAAAUUAUAUAUUCUUUUCUACACUCCAGUCUAAAAUAGAUUGAGAGCUGUAGAUUAGAGAGAGAGAAAACAUGAGGAGGGAGAGGACGUGUCAUUUAAAGUCCAUUCAGGAGUUUUGUCUUGUCUGAAGUUGAUAUAUUGAAGCUGUAAAAAAAAAAACUGCAUGAUAAAAGUUCCGUCUGACUGUACUGUAAGUGUGUAAGACUUAGCACCAGAGAAACCAAGUCGCAGUCUGUGUACAUGAGUUCUUGACCAAUAAAUGUGAUUCUGAAUCUGA